CUUACUUGAUAUUGCUCUGUGGGUCUCUAUUGCCUAGCUAGCCUGUAAACAUCAUUUUAUCAUAAACUCUCUGCACUUUGCAAUUCUUCAUAACAAAUUACCCCAAAAAAAAUCAUCUUUUUUUUUUUUUGAAGUCCCAUGGCAACUUUGAUAGCCAAUAGAUUAUCAGAGGAAAAAGGUAAAUUGAUCAAAACAACAAUAUUAACCAUGGAGCUUCUUCUUUUAUCAACAGGAUUUAUUUCUACUUUUUUCAUGCUUAAAGAAGCUAUUAGUCCUCGUUACUUAUUUAACAUGUUCUUCGUUAAUUUAUCUGAAAUCUUGAAUUAUUUAAAGUGUUUUUUGUCAUCUCCGCUUUAUAUUUGUCUCUUUAUCAACUCAGUUGUUAUACUUAUUUUCACUUUUUCCAAAUUUCAUCAUCCCACGAUGGAAUUUCUCAAUGUUUUUCUGGACGAAAAGAGUGAUCAUGAUGAUAUACUGAUUGAUCAGCCACAACCACAACAGGAUGAUAAUAUCCCGAAAAGAACUAGUUCCGUUAUUGCAAUGGAUACUGUUUUGUCGUUUUUUAAUCGUUAUAAUUUAGAUCCCGUUGUAUCAGAAGAAGAUAUAAUUGAAGAUGAAAUGAAACCCUGUAGUAGUGACGUGAAAGAUAUUGAAAUUGAUUGUGUAACGAAAUUGUCUUCUCCUCCUGAUGAUGGUGAAAUUGUUGGUCCACGUUCACUAAAUGAAACGAAAACUGAUUAUGAAGAAACUACGAUGAAUUAUCAAGAGAUUGAAGAGGACGAUGGAUCGUUGAACGCAACAUGGAAGGCGAUAACUGGAGAAGGAAACAAUAAGAAAAAGAAGAAACAAGUAUUGAAGAAGAGUGAGACAUGGCCAAUUGAGCCACAAGUGACAUCAGCACAGAGCAUUGGUUCAAAGGAUUUGUUGCCAUCAGUAGCUGCAGCAUGGAAGGACUUGAGAAAAUCAUUGACAUUUAACGAUGCUUUAUCGGUGUUUCGAAGAGGGGGUUUACGAGGGGAUGUUUCUGUUAGUACAGAGGAAUCCAACAAGAGAUUUGAUGAUUUUAUUAAGAAAAUCAACCAUGAGAGAUUGCUGCAGAGGCAAGAAUCCAAUCAGCGUGCCUUCAAUAGGCUACAUCGAGCACGUUUAAGGAGCCCAGUGCACUAAGUUCUCGCUAUAUGUGAGGUUUAGGAAGGGCUAAACCAUCAAAAUAUAUCGUACUGCAUUUCUAUAAGAGAUUGUUUUCAACCUUCAGUAAAUAAUUAGCUAGAAUUAUUUGAUGUUGUACAGAGAAAAUUAAAGCCAUCAUGGAAAGAGUUUAUUUUUUUCGUUUUUAACUAGUAGUAUGUACAACAGUUAACCUUGGUUGUAUCUGUAAAGUUUAUCACUUUUCAGUAUUUUAAGUGAGAUUUUCUUUUUUUGGGUCUA